CUCCGGGCACAGCGCCCAGCUGAGCGCCGCCAGCCCGCCUUCCUCACGGCACAGCGAAAAAACGGAGCACUAAAAAGAAAAAAUAACGAGGUUUAUUAAAAGCAAGUCCCAGCAGGGCCCGCCCGACGACUAACGGUGUCCUGCCCCAACCUCCGCCCCGGGGAGCGGCCGCGCCACGGGGCCACGGGGCAGGCCGGGGCCGGGCGGUGCCGGCCGGGGAUCCCGGGGUGGGCAGGGCGACGGCUCCCAGCUGCAGGCAGCCCGGAGCCUGGCGUGUGCGCGGCGAGCCCUGAGUCUCUGGUGCGGGAGGACCGUGGGGCUGGGGCAGGCGCGGCCCAGCUGUGACAGCCCCGGCGAACACCAUGCUGCCCACCCGGUUGUGCAUCAUGAGGAAACUUCCUUCUGUUCUGGCUAGGACACUCACUUCUGGGACCAGUGCCUCCCCAGGGCUUCCCAGCAUGUCUGAAGGACAGUCACCCAUUCAUGUGAAUAAUGUGCGGAGCAAAUUGAGGGAUAUAGUGGGAGCAUCUACCAACUGGAGGGAUCAUGUGCAAGCAAUGCAAGAAAGAAAAGCUCUUCAUACUUUACUGGCAAAACGGCAGGAAGAUCUCCCUCCUAGGAGAAUGAAGGAUAGCUACUUAGAAGUUAUUCUACCUUUAGGAAGUCAGCCUGAAAUAAGAGAAAAGUACCUGAAUGUACACAACAGCGUAAGGUUUGGAAGGAUACUUGAAGAUCUUGACAGUUUAGGAGUUCUUGUUUGCUACACUCACACCAAGCAGGAAAUGCAGCAAAGGUCUCCUUUAUCCAUAGUUACAGCUCUGGUCGAUAAAAUCAAUUUGUGCCAGAAGAUUAUACAUCCAGACUGUGACAUCAAAUUCACAGGCAAUGUUUCUUGGGUUGGGAAGACCUCCAUGGAAGUGAAGAUGCACAUGCUGCAGCUUCAUGGUGGUGAUUACAGCCCUGUGUUAGAUGCAACCUUUGUCAUGGUGGCCCGAGACCCAGAGAAUAAACGGCCAGCAUUUGUUAAUCCACUCAUUCCUGAGAGCCCUGAGGAGGAAGAAAUCUUCAAGCAAGGGGAAUUGAACAAGAUGAAGAGGGUUGAAUUCAGCACUGCUUCCUUACUGAAAAUGGCUCCUACUGCAGAAGAAAGGAACAUUGUGCAUGACAUAUUCCUUAAUACACUGGACACAAGGACAGUGAGUUUCCAGAGUCGUAAAUUACCACCCAAUUCAGUGUGGAUGGAAGAUGCAAAGCUAAAAGGCCUGGAGAUUUGUCAUCCUGAGGAACGGAACAUCUUUAAUAGGAUCUUCGGGGGUUUUCUCAUGAGAAAGGCAUAUGAACUGGGAUGGGCAACUGCUUGCAGCUAUGGGAGCUCCAGGCCCUUUAUUGUAUCUGUUGAUGAUAUCAUGUUUCAGAAGCCAGUUGAAGUUGGAUCCUUACUACUGCUUUCUGGACAGGUCUGUUACACAGAAAAAAAUUACAUCCAGAUUCGAGUACACAGUGAAGUUUACAAUGCAAAUACCAGGGAGCACCAUACUACCAAUACUUUCCAUUUUACAUUUAUAUCAGAAAAUGAGGUCCCAAAAGUUGUACCUAAGACAUACGGAGAGUCCAUGUUGUAUUUAGAUGGGAUGCGACACUUUACUGCAGUCAUGAAAGAAAUGUGACAGGCACUAGGAGCUGCAGUAGCAGUGCAGCAGCAUGCUGUCUUGGCAAGAGCUGUCACCACAGGUGGCUAAUGGACAGGUGUUUGUAAUACUCAGAAAAAGCCCAACAACCACCCAAAACCAAACCCAAGCUCCACACCAAAACCCUCCUUUUCAGUGCUCUUGUAUUUGCAUAUAUUUGGAUUUUUUUAUUCUUUACUAGUAGAAUUUGUUGAAAUCUUUUACAUGCCAAUGCUAGGAAAAAGAGGCUGAAAAAAUAGAGUCUUAGGCUUUGGAUAUAUUGACUCUCUUUGUCUACUUUCAGAGAUCUCAUUACAACCUUUGCUGUCUUGUCACCAUCUGCUGCCUUUCCCUUAGUAGCUCUCCUUUUGUGUUUCCCUGAUAAGGGAUAGGAGUUCUGUCAGAAAAAGGUGUGCAAUAAGUAGAUACAUACAGGUGAAGCAAUUUGACCUACAUUCUUGUGUAAAUUAGGUUAAGGGUUAUAAUUCUUUUUUGAACAAGGACACAUGUAUCUAAGCAGCAGCAGAGGCUCAGAAAUUACUGUGUGAACAAUGGAAAACAGGUGUUUCCCAUCACUAGGGAUUUUACAAGGUUAUUGCAGCUUCUGUUUGGAUGGUUUCAUAUUCCCUUGCAAGAAAACUGAUUUUUGCAAUGAAACGAGGUGGCUAGAUGGUAUUUUCUGGCACUCUGUGUCCUUGCCUGCCUCUUCUAUUUUUUUUGUUUGUUUGUUUGUUUUAAUAUAUAACUGUGAGCUCCUUAGUGAAUUAUUUCUCAUGGCUUGGAGAGUAGAAGUCUGAUUGGUGAGACUGGUUGGGACUGAGAAAUGGCUUUGUAGAACAGAACAUUUUGGUUUAUUAAGAACUGGGAACAAAAAAGGUAAAAUGCUGCCCAAAUGGUAGUGAUGAUGUUUGGUGCUGCAGUUAGGGGCCCUGAGAAUCUGUGUUGGGCAACUCCCAGGUCAGCUGCUGAAUGAUGGGAGGAUCUUUGUCCCACUGAGGGGUUGUGCAGCUAGAGGACAGUCUCCUCCUCAGCUGGAUUAUUUAUCUGCUCCUUUGGUGGGCUGUAGUGCAGUGUGAGUAUUGUGCAGACCUAAAGGUUGUCAGGUUUACCUGUGAAGGACAGAGAACUUCCCCAGCACGGAGAGAACAUCAUGGUGGUCAUAACUACAGCAAAUAAAUAACAGGAACAGAGUACUUGAUACUGAAGUGCUUCUGAUGUAAUGGAGAAAGUUUUAAUAGCCUCCAAUUUCUGGCACAUAAAGCCCAAUUUCUUAAAAUCAGGAAGCUGAGUGGAAGGGAGGCAUCAGCUUUUAGCAGUGAGUAUGUCACAAGCACAAAAUUGGAUCUCUGGUAGGUUCACAUCCUUCACAUCCUAACUGAUCAGGACAUCCAAAGAGGAAUUGAGUUCAGGGAUUAAAUGGAUGAAAUAUGAUAUCUUACAGUACACAAGAACAGAUUCUGGCUUUCCUGUGAGGUUUAAAAAUAUUUUGAAAAGAGGAUGCAGCAAAUAGGAAUUAUGUCAAUCAGCACAGAUGCUUGAAGCACGUUGAUAAAAUAAAGCAGCAUGUUGAACUUUAAUUUCUGAGUAAGAAAGCCUGAGACAGUCACAAUUUGCAGGAGUAGUUUCCUUAGGCACUAGGGUGGCAUGAAGUUCAUGACCCCUAGCAGCUCUUUGCUAUUCCUGUGAGGAAUUGUAAUUGAGCAUUGUAAUAAUCAGCAUGUUACACAUCAGCCUUUCCUUAAAAUUCAGCUGCCAUGUUGGAUGAGUUAGAUGACUCCAGAGGGGGCACAGGGGUAUGGCCUGAUCCAGAACAGAUUCAUGCAUUGCCCUGAUGGUAAGCUCUUGGUUCCUUCCAUUGAGUUACACUCUUCAGCCGCACUCCAGUGCGAACUCAACUCAACUUUUUCUUUUUCUUUAAUGGCUAUGAUGGUUAUGAUGCUGUGGAGAUAUAUAAUAUUUUCUGGGUUUUUCCUUCUUAAAACUGACACUAUUAGACUGACCACACAAAUAAAGAACUGAAAUUGUAUCUCAGCUUCUUCCCCGUUGUUGCAGGGAUCAAUGUUGACUGUUAAAAAAAACAAAACAGGAAGGCAGGAAAUGAAAGUAUCUAUUUCAGAACUAUGUUUUACUCCUGAGUACCUGCAGGUUUUUAUCACUGACCCAGUGAUCCUACCCGGAUCACUUUUUUAUAACACAUAUAAGGGGAUACCAAAUUCAUCCUCUACUGACUUUUCAGCUGCAUUUAAAGAUGAAUUCAUAAUUCUAAAUUCAGCUUUUGGGAAGAGGCUGGAGAAGCAAAGAACAGGUAAUAGAAUAUGGAAGAAGGUGUGACAUCAGAAUCUCUGGACACAGUGAAGAAAAUUAAUUCCACAAAUGGAAGAUAUGUAGAAGAAUUGGUGUGUUCUCAAAGUUCAUGAUAACUUAAUCACAAACCACAAGGACUGUAGUUACAGAAUGUAUGUACAGCCAUACAGAAUGUGUCUGUGUGUGUAUAUAUACAUAUGUAAAAGAUACAUGCUUUUCUGUUUAUUGCUAUAUAUCUGUACUCAUGUAUUUUUUACUUUGAGAUGGUAACCCCAAGCUGUCACCCUCUCUGGUAUCUUUGUUCAAGGGUAUGCAUGCUGCUUUGUGCCUCUGUGUGUGUGAGAAAAAUGUUCUUUGAUCUCACAUUUAGAAUUAAAAUAUUUCAACAUAGUAA